UUGAAAUCUAAGGCCAAAAGUUCUUGAUAUAAUUAUUUGCAAUUUGAGUGAGAACGAAGAAGAUCAAUGCCAUUAAAUAUACUUCGAGGACUCUUCAGAGGCGCAACGCGUCGUGUUAUGACAGGAAAGAUGGGAAACAAGAAUUUUUACAAAGGGCGAGGAGUCAGAAACCCUGGAUUUCACACAAGAAGAGCUGGUUACAUUAUAGCUCAAAGAAAAGUGCCACAGUUUAUUAUUCCAGACCUGACAGGCUUUGAGUUAAAACCAUACGUUUCGAUGAAGGCGCCGAAAACUACAUCACCGGAGUUAACAGCUGAAGAUCUUUUGAAAAAUAUCAAGGAGAACAUUCACCUAAUUAAGUACAGAGAAAUUCCGUGAAUAAAUAUUAUGAGUUGUCCCUCCUUUUUGUGAAGUUCGUCGCGUGAGUCAAAAAGUAAAAAAAAAAAAAUUUGCGAAAAAGGAAAUUGAUGCUAGGGUGCCGCGCGGAACUCUGGGAGCCUCCCCUAAUUCCCUGCGCGAAGCGACGGACUUCGCCGGAAAGAAAGGACUGCUCGCAGCCCACUGUGAAUGCCAACAGACUUGUACUUUUUCUCACAUUUUUACCGUCCACGAUCAAGAAUAUAAGAUGUGCGAAGAAUUUAGGAGGUGAAGAAGAUUCAAGCCAAAUGCAGUGGAAGUGAUGGAUAUUUUGUAUAAACUUUUUGUAAGAAACUUGGGAAGGUUUACUCUUAAAUCCCAGACCUUAUAAAUAAUAAACACAGAUAAAGUUUUGGAAA